AUCACAUCACAUCACAUCUGACAUUUACUUUGAAGACCCCUAGUCACUUUCAAUUUCUCAUAGAGAUGGAGCAAAAUACCAUCAUCACACUUGCGUUUGUUUGGUUCUUUGCACAUCAGAGAAUUUCUGGGACAGUAGUGAAGAUGAACGUUAAACCAAGAGACAAUGUCACUCUUUUCUGUGAUUCUUCCAUACCACUUAGUUACUUCAUUGUUUGGUUUAGAAACUGCUCGCAUGAAAAUCAGCCAUCGCUUUUGAUAAAUGCCGAACACUUUUUCAAGGGGACCUUUCCACGUUUUAACUUUGAGCACAACAGCUCCAGUAACUCUUAUGAUCUACAUAUUAAAAACAUCAGCGUAUUUGAUGAAGGAAUCUAUUACUGUGCAAAAGCAGAAAAGAAAAUAGGUGGCAUCCAAAGCUCAAGGUUUGAGUACCAGUAUGGAAACAGGAGCACUCAUCUGACUGUCUUGGUGUCUGGCCGUAGUGAGAUGUCCAGCAGCACCGUCUCUCCUCCUCCUCCUGUAUCAGACUGUUUCCUCUGCUGGACACUGCUGGUCAGUGUUUCUGUUGUGUGUUUUCUCCUCUGCUUCAUCUGUGUGUACUGCCUCUGUCAGAAGAAAACUACAGAUGCUGUAACAGAUCCUAAAGAAAAGAUAAACAUGCCUAGUAGAAAUAGCUUUGAGGAAAAAUCUGCAUUUCAGGGUGAUGAUGAAGAAGUGUCUUAUGCUUCCUUGGAUGUGAAAACCAGAAGACAGAAACAACUCAAGAAGAAACAACAGCAGACUUCUGACUUCAGUUUUUAUGCUCCACUUAGAACAGACACGGUACAGAACUUCUGAUGAGGAUUCUGAUGACCUUUCUGAUGGUUAGAAAAGAUCCAGGUGCCGUUAUUUGAAAAGUUUAGACUGUAACAAUAAAUGUAAGGUACAGUUUAAAAAAUUUGUGCUGUUUAAAGGAUGUACAACUUAUAAAUCACAUUUAAUCGUCAGUGCUGACUUCAUCAUCCUCCAAUAUAUUGCAUUUGUGUCUCUUAAAGGGGCCAUGGCAUGAAAAUCUGACUUUUUUCAUGUUAUGAUUGGGUCUCCAGUGCUUCUAUCAACCUAUAAAAUCUGAAAAAGAACAACCCAGUAACUUGGUAAAUCAUUCUCUAGAAGCAUAUGAAAAAAUAGGUCGUUGAAAUUUGGCUCUCCUUAUGAUGUCAUAAGGAGCUCUUAUUAUAAUAAUACCACCCCUUAAUCUGCACUAUCCAACCACAGCACUGCCAUUUGGUGCAGAGAUAAAGAGAGAGAGAGAAAAUAAUUCACAGCACAAUUGAGUUUCAAUUGCAGCAAACCACCAUCAUUGCGAUCAGUGUUUGCACUUCAUCCGCUCAUUUGCAUUUUAAAGGACACACCCAAAACGAAACAUUUUUGCACACACCUACAAAGUGGCAAUUUUAACAUGCUAUAAUAAAUUAUUAUUUUGGUAUUUUGAGCUAAAACUUCACAUAUGUGGGGGACACCAAAGAUUUAUUUGACAUGUUAAAAAGUCUUUUGACAUGGCCCCUUUAAGCCUAAAGCAUUCAUUGACUGUGUUGAUAUAGUGGGCUGUGGCAUCUGACCCUUUCACUCUCUGUUGGUGAAUAUGUGUUUCCAAAAUUAAAAGUUAUUUUUUUCUCUUUUUUUGUUUGUUGUGUUGUAUGCGUCACUGACCUUUGUUGAAGCGAAUAAGGAUGAGCUGAAUAACAGGAUGUUAUAGUGGGUUUCCUGUGUGCAUUAACACUGGUUUAGUAAUGUAUAUUUCUUUUAGAUAUAAAGUAAGAAACAUUUAUCUGACUCUUUUUAUUUUUAAAAUAAUUUCUCAGCUUAUUGAAAGAUCAAGCCUGCAAAAUAUAAACCUGCCUUUAUGGCAAUUACAGUGUCCUCAGAAUAAUUUUACUUAAUUGUAGAAAAAAAACAUACUUUCAUUUUUAGUACAGGUAUAUUUUUUUGAAACGCCACAUAGAUCUUUAAGAUAUUUUAUUUAAUUUCACAAGCUGUGUUUUUUGGGCAAGGGUCUUUCAUUCAGUCAUAUAAACAGUCGUAACCACAAUUGUUUCCACUGAAGUUCAGCACAUAUAAGACAGAAAUAGAUGUGACAUUGUGUGUGCUUGCUUAUGUGGUCAGUGUGUGGUGGAAUCAGUUUGUAUGCAUGUUGUGUUUGCAGUUUUCCUGUACACUCUCUGAUGGUUAAGAAAUAUCAGCAAAUAGACUCAAACUGAGUCGAACUGAAUAUACUUCUUCUACCUAUUGCAUCUACAUUUUUUUUUUGCACUGGAUAGUCAGUUAUAAAUGCACGAAAUAUUUCUUAAUCAUGUCUGAAACAUAUCUCCUUUAAGUGGUCAAAGCAGUCAAUA